CAAAGAUAUGAUAUGGCAGGAUUUGAACGUGGAUUUCUUCCGUUUUUUUUCACGAUAGCAGAUUAAAAUGUCUUUAUUUACCGACUUCUCCAUCGUACUUGUAUCUCAGGCGUUUUUCUUCGGUUUUGGAUGGUUAUUUUUCAUGCGUUGGCUCUUCAAAGAUUAUGAAGUGCGGAACUUGGUUGUGCAAUUUGUCUUCGCUGUUACCUUUAGUUUGUCAUGUACAAUGUUCGAGCUGAUUAUUUUUGAAAUUCUGGGCGUCUUGGAGCCAAGAUCUAGAUUCAUCCACUGGAAGAUUGGGCUGUAUUCAAUGCUAUUCACCCUUAUAUUCCUUUUGCCUUUUUAUAUUUCAUUUUUCAUUGUCAAAACUUUAAGAUUUGCACAUCAUAGAAAGACGGUGAUUUGGUUGGCUACUAUAAUAUGGCUCUGUUUCUUGUACAUAUUUUGGAAAUUAGGCAAUCCUUUUCCAAUAUUGAACCCAAAACAUGGCAUACUUUCGAUUGAACAAGGUAUCAGCAGAGUUGGUGUUAUUGGGGUAACUCUUAUGGCUAUAUUGUCUGGGUUUGGUGCAGUCAAUUGUCCAUAUACUUACAUGGCUUAUUUCAUGAGGCAUGUGACUGAUUCAGAUAUCCUGGCCAUCGAGAGAAAGUUGACGCAAACUUUGGAUAUUAUUGUCAGCAAGAAGAAACGGAUUGCUUACGCCAAACGACAGAGCCAGCGAUUUGCAACAAAAGACUCCAAAAUGUCAGCAAUUUGGGGAGUUUUCAGCAGCGUCACAGGAAGUGGCAGUGAAAAUACGGGAAUCCUUCAAAAAGAAGUGGAAGCUCUGGAGGAACUGAGUCGUCAACUCUUCCUUGAGGCAGUAGACUUACAAAACACCCGAGCAAGAAUGCACUUCUCAAAAACCAUUCAAGGCAGAUACUUUGACUUUGUUGGCCAUAUAUUUUCUGGCUACUGUGUUUGGAAGAUAUUUAUAUCAACAGUGAACAUUAUUUUUGACCGGGUCGGUAAAGUCGAUCCAGUUACCCGUGGUAUAGAUAUCACAGUGAAAUACAUUGGAUUACGCAUAGAUGUCAUGUUUUGGUCUCAGCAAUUCUCAUUUCUUUUAAUCGGUAUCCUAAUUGUGACCUCCAUACGUGGGCUACUAAUAACUAUGACAAAGUUCUUCAACUCUAUGGCCAGUGCCAAGUCUUCAAAUGUCAUUGUCCUCGCGCUUGCUGAGAUUAUGGGAAUGUAUUUUGUGUCGUCUGUGUUGCUCAUGCGUAUGAACAUGCCUGAAAAAUAUCGGUUGAUCAUUACUCAGGUUCUGGGAGAGCUACAGUUCAACUUCUAUCAUCGAUGGUUUGACUUAAUAUUUUUGAUUAGCGCCUUGUCAAGCAUUGGGUUUCUCUAUUUAGCGCACAAUCAAGCACCUGAAAAACAUAUGUAUGACAAUUACAGUUAAUAACGAGAUGGUAGUUAACGAUGUAUGAUUAACAAAGCAGUUAGAUCAAGACGAAAAGUUUUGUGUUUUUUGAAAUUAUUAGUUUUAUUUAUAGAGAAGAGAUUUGUGUAAUUUACUGUUUGAUAUUAAA